GGGACCUGAACCAGAGAUGAGAUUUUUAUGACACAGUUUUGUCUACAUCUCCGUAAGAAGUCAGAGUGUCAGAAAACAGUCUCCUGGUCUAAACUGCCUGGGUGGACUAAUCCAACCGUGUUAAGAGCCUUCGAGAGCAAAAUUCUCAAGCACUCCUGAGGGCAGUUGGAUAGACGGAAACCUGUGGGCGACACGACUUUAUCAUGGAACUUGAGAACGUUGAUUCUGAGGACAAAGAGACACUAAGCUGGGAUAUUAAUGAUAUGAAACUGCCACAGAAUGUGAAAAAGACGGACUGGUUCCAGGAGUGGCCAGAUGCCUACGAGAAGCACAUCUACAGCUCGGAGGACAGAAACGCGCAGCGGCACGUGAGCAGCUGGGCCAUGCGCAACACCAACAACCACAACUCCCGCAUCCUCAAGAAGUCCUGCCUGGGCGUGGUGGUCUGCAGCCGCGACUGCCUAGUCGCUGAGGGCCGCAAGGUCUACCUGAGGCCUGCCAUCUGCGACAAGGCCCGGCAGAAGCAACAGAGGAAACGCUGUCCCAACUGCGAUGGGCCCCUGAAGCUCAUUCCCUGCCGAGGCCACGGGGGCUUUCCUGUCACUAACUUCUGGAGGCACGACGGACGCUUCAUAUUUUUCCAGUCAAAGGGAGAGCAUGAUCAUCCAAAGCCAGAAACCAAAUUGGAAGCCGAGGCCAGAAGAGCAAUGAAGAAAACGCACUCGGCAUCUUCCUCUGUCUCCUCGAAGCUGAAACAGGGCCCACAGAUAAAGCCUCUUCCAGGUGAAACACAAAGUUGGGAAAGUUUAACUUGGUCUUUCCAGGAAGGUGUCCAAUCGCCUGGUAGUUACAGUGGACAUUUAAUAGGUAACAUUCCCCAGCAGAAGGCACUGAAUGAUGGCUCAUCCUCCUCUGAGAGUUAUGGUUUGGGGAGAACCUCUGACCCCAGAAACCCCACUCCCACCUUGGGCCCCACUCAGCUCUACGAGAAAUGCGAUUUAUCCAAUAGUCGGGUCUCCAGCAGCCAGGACCUGCUUCAGCCUCCUGCCUCUGGAGUCUUCUCUGAUUACAGUGAUCUGCAAACAUGGAAUAAGAAUGUUGCUUUGGGGAGAAAUCCUUCCAAUGACAACAGUUGUCCCAGUUACCCUUUUCCUCUGACCAGCUGGCCUUACGACUUCUCCCCUUCCCAGAGCUCUUCAGAACCCUUUCUCCAGCAGAUUCCCAUGGAACCACCAGCAGCCAAAACUAGCUGUCACCCCUUCUGGCCAAAUCAAGGGGGUGAACUUUAUGAAGAGAAGGUGCAUGUGGAUUUUAACAGCUACCACCCUUCCACCACUUGCCAUUCACCUCAGGAAGACCCCUUUCUCCUCACCUACACCUCUCAGCCCCAUCAUCAAUAUUCUCUGCCUGGCAAGAGCAGCAAAUGGGAUUUUGAUGAAGAAAUGAGGUACAUGGGUUUGGAUCACUGCAACAACGAAAUGCUUCUAAACCUCUGUCCUUUAAGAUGAUCCAAGUCGGGAGCCUUGUGCACUGCCAGUGGAAACGUCAUUUCGUGCAGCCACUGUGGAAAACAGUAUGGAGGUUCCUCAAAAAAUUAAAAGUAGAACUACCAUAUGAUCCAGC